UCGCUCCAAACCACCACCGAAGAAAAUGACGCAGCGCACUUGACAUGCGUGUUUUUAGCUUGUUAGCUAGAGAGCUAAAUUUCUAAACGCUUAUUAACUGCCCCUCGCUUUCAAAAUUAAACAUUUCAUUUGGAUAUAAAAGUGUAUAAAGGUCCCGAAUCAAGAAAAAAGAAGACGACAAAAGCAGAGCAGUCAUGCAGAUCACACUGAAGACUUUGCAGCAGCAGACCAUUCAAAUAGACAUCGACGAUGACCAGACGGUGAAGGCACUGAAAGAGAAGAUUGAGGCUGAGAAGGGCCGAGACAGUUUUCCCGUAGCAGGACAGAAGCUCAUCUAUGCCGGGAAAAUCCUGCAAGAUGACACGCCCAUCAAGGAAUACAAAAUUGAUGAGAAGAACUUUGUGGUAGUGAUGGUGUCAAAGACAAAAACAGCAGGACCCCCUGCCCCACCCUCAGAACCACCCAAAUCUGUCGCUGCACCUUCCUCUUCCUCUUCCUCCUCCUCUCCUCCUCCUCCUCCUCCUCCGGCCCCUGCAGCCAUCCCCAUCCCCAGUGACGAGCGUUUAGACGACCCGCCUGCAACUGUCUCGCCUACACAGAGCCCCGACGAUCGUACAGGUCAGGUGGCUGAUGGGGAAGAUGCAUCUUCAACAUUAGUGACAGGUCAAGAGUACGACGCCAUGCUCACAAACAUCAUGUCUAUGGGCUAUGAGAGAGAUAAAGUGGUGGCUGCGCUUAAGGCCAGUUAUAACAACCCUCACCGUGCUGUGGAGUAUCUGCUCAAUGGGAUCCCUACUGUCCCAGUGCAGGAGACCCGUCCCGCUCCAGCCCAGCUGCCCACAGACACACAGCCCACUGAAGGCGAGAACCCUCUGGAGUUCCUGCGCUCUCAGCCGCAGUUCCAGAGCAUGAGGCAGGUGAUCCAGCAGAACCCGUCCUUACUGCCGGCCCUCCUGCAGCAGCUGGGCCAGGAGAACCCCGAACUACUGCAGCAAAUAAGCCAACAUCAGGAGCUCUUCAUCCAGAUGUUGAACGCGCCGGUGGACGAGGGCGAAGCCGGAGAGGGGGCGGAGUUUGGAGAUCUGGGUGCUAUCGGUGACGAGGCAGCGCCCGGGAGUUACAUCCAAGUGACGCAACAGGAGAAAGAAGCCAUCGAGAGGUUAAAAGCUCUGGGGUUUUCAGAAGCUCUGGUGGUCCAGGCGUACUUCGCCUGCGAGAAGAACGAGAACCUGGCCGCCAACUUCCUGCUCAAUCAGAAUUUCGAGGACGAAUGAGAGUCGUGGAGAGCCCGCGUGCCCCUUCCCCCGCCACCACACAAGCACUGCAUUUCUUUGCGUUUACAAGUCAAGGGGAGACUGGCAGACUGGCUGGGGAUGGGGCGGAUGCAAUCACACGGUGAACAAAUUCCAAUGGAAUUGAUGGCAUUUGGGUUGAAUGCACUCUAGCAUGUUGAAGGGGUGUGUAUGCGUGUUCCCUUAGGGAAUAUUUGACUAAAUCAGCAUCAAUUGAAAGUAAACGCUCUCAUAGUAGUAUUAUGGGCUCUGAGGAGGUUAGAGAUAGGCAUAUGCAUUUGCUUGUUUGUUUUUAGUCGGAAAAAAAGGACUAAUAAUAUGUCUAAUGGAGGAUUUUAUAUAUUUCUCUAAAUUCCAGAGCUAUUUCUGUAUUUCUCCCAGCACACACCUCUGAUGAAUGUGAUAACAUCAUUAAAAUAUAUGAAACAAGUAGAGCAACCGAUAGCAUUUCAAUAACAUUCUCAGCAACACAAGUGACCUGAAUUGAUGCUGUUUUGUAAAUGAAUCCAUAUCGUGUGGAAUAUCAUAAUCUGAGUGAUUAAUGUACACGUAUGGAGGAUGUCAUGAAAUACAAGACUGUCCUAAUACAAAAUUUGUUUGUCUUAUUUAAAGUCAACAUGAAAUGAGUUGCAAACUCUUUUACUGAUGCAUUUGCAAGUUACUACAAAAAUGUAAAAUGGGUCUCAGGAUAAACAAGCUGAAAAAUUAGGGAUUUGUUCCUCGUCUGACAUUUCAAGGUAUUUUGAUGAAAGAUUGCACUUUUUUUUAAUUUUUUUUUUUUAUUUAAAAUACCAUACAUUUACAAAUCUUGCAUAAGACCAAGAAUGUGAUUUAAGAAUGUAAAUCAAGUCAAUUUCAUGUUGACUUUAAAAGCUUCUUAUUUAAACUUAAAUGUCACGAGUAUAAAUAAGGAUCAUUUUCCAUAGACGUUAGAUCUGCUUAUAUUUUCUUGUAUAACAUGAGAGGACCAACCUGUACCUUUAUACAGCAACAAAGGUUUUUUAGCACGCUAAAGCUCGCUGCAUUUCAGAAGCAAAAAGCAUAGACCUGUUCCAGCACGAAGAUACUUUGCGCUGCCAGAUUUUUAAGUCCUGUCAAAAAGAGAUUUUCUUGAAGCACAUCAGUGUAAAGCUGACAGUGGGUUUUUUUGUUCAUGUAUUUGAAGUCAAGUCUUGUAACGUUCACCUCUUACAGCAGGAUCAGCAGACGGAAAGAGCCUUCGGCUGCAAUUCACCAUUGUAUUCGAUCACAGUGCAGAAAUGCUCCUUUAUAAUGUAGUAGCCAAACUGCCAGACAACACUUUUGUUUACUUAUCAGCAGGCCUACAUGAAAUCUGACUCUGAGAAUGGCUUUAAAAAUGGUAAAAUUUGUUCAGUGCAACAGAGUAUUAUGCUUUUAUUGCAGAUUCCAUGUGGGCCUGUUUAUUAGUAAUUGAUAGUUUGAUUUACUAUACCUUUAACUCUUUUGGGAUCAAUAAAAUCUUAUUGCAAAGAACA